AGUAUGGACUCGUAAUUCGGUUAAGGAAACUGAUAUGUUCCCCCAACCUAUCAGUCUGACUUUUAAAGGCAAACAGAACUUCAAGUCUUUGUAUGGGGGCAUUGUUAGUACUCUGAUCAUUAUGGCUCUGGUGACGUACGGAAUCCAGAUAUUUGUCAAGAUGGUGAAGCGAGAAGAUACAAACAAAUCAAAGAAUAGUAUUGUAAAUGACCCUCUGACGAUAGAAGAGUAUUAUGACUUGACACAGGAUGAUCUUUCAUUCGCAGUGUCAUUAUUAGAUAUUGAAUUAUUGAUCCUACAUACUUCAAUGUUUCUGUCACCCAAGUAGAAAUCGGGUAUAACUUUGCCACACAAAAGUCAGAUUUCAAUGAAUAUUCAAAGGAUGCUUCCAUCUGUGGAGAGAACUACCCAAAGAUCAACAAAGAUGUGGAUGUCUUGAGGGAUAUUUAUAAGAACAGCAGUUAUUGUCCUGCCAACUCAACUCUGACUAUUGGAGUAGGUGUCCUCAAAAACUCAAGGUAGACUGUGAAAAUUUCGGUACAUCAAUGUGUCAAUGGCACUUCAAUUGUGUGACAAAAUAAAGCAGAAUUUGAGUCUAAAGCCAAGAAGAUUGAAGUCUACUUGAACCUUGGAGCUAAAUAUUUUAAUUUUGAUGAUUAUGACAACCCUAUUAAAGGAGCUCUUGAUAAUCGAAUCUUUUACAAGCUAGUUCCUAACUUAAAGAAAUUAGUAAGGCUAUACGUCAGAAAAAGUACAGUUUCACUUUCAGAUUCGAUCUUUCCAUUUGGCCAAGAAGAAGAAAAGUCUUUUUAUUCAAUUGGGAGUUCGAGACUUGGUUGGGAAAAUCAUGGAAGUAGUACUGAUGCCACUCUUGUUGAAUUUGAACUUUCCCAAGACCUUGUUGUUGACUCUUUUGAGAGAAGAGUUUAUACAUUUUUAGAUCUAUCAGGGCAGCUUGGAGGAGUGUUUGAGAUUAUGCUCUUAGUUGGAGGAUUUCUGGUAAACUACUUUCCAAGUAGAUUGUAUAAUUAUUCGAUAUUCAACCAUCUCUAUUCAACUGAAGCUCGUAAAUAUAAAAAGACUAUCAAAAUAAAGGUACUGCCAAGAUCUAAAUAUAUAAAAGACGAAAAUGUUAAAGGAUUUACAUCUAAGGGCAAUAAUGAAUAUCAUUCAGAACAGUUAGAGCUAUCAGAGGGAUUUAAUGACAAUAAUCAAAGUAAUAUCAAUCUUAUUGAUAAAAUAAAGUUUGCAAUCGAGAGGAGAAGAAGAAACUUUUCUACAAAAGAUUUGGUGAAGGCAUGUCUGCCUUUUGUGAACAAUAGGGCUAGUCGUCAGUUCUCUCUCCUCAAUGACAGAUUCUCUGAUGAGUGAGACCUGCCCUCAAUUCUGUGUCCAAUCCGCCAGCUCAAAACUCUGAUGCGAAUGAUCCUCAAGACCACCAACUGCUGUUGAUGGGCUUCGACGCCAGCAGCGAUGUCAACUUCCGGUCUGAGCCCCAGGUGAUGAGUCCAGCUGAGUAUCCGAGCAAAACUGAAGAACCAUCGAAAGAGUUCGACCGAAGAGUGCAAGCAUUGGUUAGCAAACUGGAGACAAUGGAGGAACAUGAGCUGGAACGAGAUGGUAAAGAUAAGUCUAAACAUCAUAACAAGCCUAAUUCUCUGAAUCAAGAAUGGCUUUUCCAGCAGGAGUAGCAGUAUAGAAAUUAGUCAGACGAAUAACAUGAAUUCUUUAAUAAAGGCUAGAAAUAUGCCUCAUGUCGGACUUUUCGAGGAAGCCAAGGAAAAAGAAACUUAAC